GAUGUGCAGCUAACAUGGCAGCUCCUAGCAGGAAGCAGAUGUUGAGGUUUCUUUGCCAGUUGGGAGCCUUUAUUUUGACCCGGUUCGGAUUUUGGAACUGCUUCAGCAUGUUGAUGCUGUUUGCUGAGCGGGCUGAUUCAAAAAGGAAACCAGACAUUCAUGUACCGUACCUGUAUGUGGAUAUGGGGGCUGCGGUGCUGUGUGCCAGCUUCAUGUCGUUUGGGGUGAAGAGGAGGUGGUUUGCAAUGGGCUCCGCCAUCCAGCUGGCCAUCAGCACAUAUGCGUCGUACGUUGGAGGACAGGUGCACUACGGGGACUGGCUGAAGGUACGAAUGUAUUCCAGAGCGCUGGCCAUUAUCGGAGGCUUUCUGAUUAUGGCCAGCGGGGCGGGGGAGGUGUACAGACAGAAACCUCGCAGCAGGUCCCUGCAGUCUACUGGACAGGUUUUCCUGGGAGUCUACCUCAUCUGCUUGGUGUACUCCCUCCAGCACAGCAAAGAGGACAGGUUGGCCUAUCUGAACCACAUCAUCGGGGGAGAGAUCACCCUGAUGCUGCUGGUGGUGCUGUUUGGGGUUCUGGCUCUCGCCUUCCUCUCUGGCUGCUACAUCCGCCUGGCUGCUCAGAUCUUGGCCACCGUCCUGCCUCUGGUGAUCCUCCUCAUCGACGGCAACCUGGGCUACUGGCACCACACUCGCAAGGUGGAGUUUUGGAACCAGAUGAAACUGAUCGGACAUAACGUCGGCAUCUUCGGCGCCGUGCUGAUCCUGGCUACCGACGGUUGAACACUGAGGCGAUUUCAGACUAUAUAUCAGACCGAGGUGUCUGCGCAGGAUGAGACUGGUGGUGGUCUUAAAUGUCACAGCCCGGCUGCGCUGAAACUGCCGUCGCUCAGUGACCUCUCAGGAUUCAAACACCUCAAUCUGAGACGGUUGGAUGUAGGCCGUGUCGAUUGUCUUUGCCGACCAGCUGUUAUCUUUGCUUUUGAGAGGGGGAAAAAAACCCCACAAGCUUCCUUUUAUUCCCACAAUUUUAAUAAUUUAUUCAGAUACAUGUUUACAUUUUGUCUGUUACGCUCUGAAAUAUGUCACUGAGUGUCGAUGCUGUAUCAUAUCUACAGGGAAAAUACCUUUUAGCUCUGAAAUUUUAAAUGAAGUCUUUAAUAGUUUGUUUUAUAGCAUAUAGUUUUAAUAAUUUACAUAUAGGCCUACAAGUAAAGGGAAAUAUAAAACUGAACUAUUCAUUUCAGUUCAGCUGAUAGAACUGAACCGGUAUUGCUUAUGAAAUGGAAGGUCUUCAGUAAAUGCCAUUUUGUAACAAACACUGUUUAGUUGCUUUUAACUUUUCAUUAAAUUUGAUAAGAACUGCUUUUAUAUUGAAAUAUUGUUCACAUUUUUUUAUUAAAUAUAUCGAUUUAGCUAUAUAAUGCUGCACACAACGCUAAAAUUGUCAUCAGUACAAUUGAGUUAUAUUAUUUCACUCGUGUACAAACUGUUAUACUACAGUAGCAUUAAGUUUGAUAAUCACCACUUCACCUUCCCACAAAGCUGACAGUGUUGUACAGAAUGAAAGAAUGAAUGUUACUGAUGCUUCAUGGACAGUGAGUCUGUUAGUGUCCUUCACCUCGCAGUGUUGGGAAGCAUGAUAAGCAGGAGUAAUGAUUGCAUAUGUAACAUUUCUAAAUGUCAAAUUUUUACUGUUUAAUUUGCCUCCACAAACUUUUCAUGUUACUCAGCGCAAAGAAAGAAAAUAGUUAGAAAUAUAAUCAGACCAGCUAUGAUUAUAGGUUUGCAAGUAAAGGAGUCACUUCACCUUUGAGCGUCAUUUUUUUCUGUUCAAUCCAGAUAAUUAUUGGCUGUCGGUUCUUAGGUACAUUUGAAAAUCUGUCAUUGCAUGAGUGUUGGAUUGAAUCAAAUUAAACACUUUUGUUAUCCUGUUCAAGCGUAGGAGUUACAUCAAAGUGUUAA